UAAAACAGUAAAAAAAAUUGUCUUUACAUUGACUAUAUUUUCAAAAAUAAAAUAUUUAUUGCGAUGAACAAUAAGCAAGCAUGAAUUAAAAAAAAAUGCCUGUCUGUUUGUUUGUACACGCUAAUCUCUGGAAGUACUGAACGCAUUUAAAUGAAACUUUUGUUGUAUUGCUCUUAUGCCAAGAUUACAUAUUGCUUAUCUAGUGUUUAUUUAUUAAUUUCUUAACUUCACUUAGUCAGUUGGGUUGGGCCACACCUGAGCGCCUACAGUUUUUCAAAGCUCGUAGGUAUGGCUUGCAAUGCGUUGAUGUCGACAUACAAUUGGCGCCCUAUGCACUGUGUCAUAGUAUCAAACAUAUGAUACAUUUAUGUCCUUUAGGCAGGCCUACUAUAAAAGACAUACGCAGACAGUUUUGUUACACUUUAGGUCUAGAUCUGAAGCAAUAAACAACAAUAUGAUUUUAAAAAUCACAAUAUUGGUAUGCGCCGUGGCAGCUACCCAAGCUGGUUUAAUAUCCCCGGUUGGAGUAUACGGCUCACCUUAUGGAGCUUGGAAUCCUUACAGCUCAUAUCCAGCGCAGCCGGCUUUGGCUACUCAGCACUCUAAUAUCCUGAGGUCACCAUUUAAUCUUGGACAGGUAUCCACGUACUCAAAAAGCAUCGAUACACCGUUUUCCAGCGUUCGUAAGGCGGAUAUUCGUGUUAGCAACCCGGGAAUAGCAGUAGGAGCCUAUGGAGGAUACGCAUCACCCUUUGUCUCCCACGUAGGUGUGGCGGCGCCUGUGGCCAAGGUAGCAACUGGAGGUCUCCUAGGAGUAGCAUACUCUGCGGCGCCAGCUGUCUCCCACAUGACAUACUCCAAUGGCUUAGGACUCGCCUACACUUGGUAAACCUCAACACUUGACUAGGAAAAUGAAAAAACGUAAGAAAUAUUUAUUGUGAUGAAUGAUUCCUCUGUAUUUGUUACCUACUAGCUGUUAACCUAUUUA